AUAGUUUUUAUAUUUUGUAGGACAAACAUGUAUUUAAGUGUAACGUUAUGUGCUAUAGUAAUUUAUUUACCUAGUAAAGUAAAAUCAGUACCUCCAGACAUAUGUUUUCAAAAAUUCAGAUCGGAUGACUGCGGACAAGCUCCACAACCAGUUAUGUACUACUGGAAACCAGGAUCGCGAUGCGAAGUUGGUUUCUGGCGAGGCUGUGUUCCUAAUGUAAACAUGUUCAAAGAUGAACAUGAAUGCGUAUCUACAUGUAUCUUCGCACGAAGAGCAAGGCCUAUUGACUACCAUUCAUAUAAUGCACUAGAGUAUGAAGAAAGUGAUGAUGAAAGUAUCACUACGACUAAAAGUAAUUCCAAUGGAACUACCCAUGGAGAUUUAACAACAGAAGACCAGAGCAACUCUACUCAUAACAGCGAUAGCACCCACGACCAUACUGACAAAACCGGAGGAAGCCACCCUGCUCCAACUGGUGGUGGAAAUGAUACGACUAGUGCAGGUUAAACAAAGUAUGGUUAA